AUGUCUGGACCGGGAGAACGCUUUCACGUAUUAGCACAAUUGGAUCAUCUUCAUUCUAAAUAUACUGGUACAGGACAUGCGGACACAACACGUUACGAAUGGUUGACCAAUCACCAUCCGGGCAUGACGUCAUUUAUUGCAAUAGUUGAGAAUGAAUCUCGAGCCAGAACACGCUACAAUCUCUUGAACCGUAUGAUCCUACCAUGUGGUCCUCCUCCAGAAAAGUCGCCGCUUGAUGAUUAA